AAACUCAAACACACCAGCUGGUUACAAAAAGUAAAUUAUACCAAUCCUACCAUGAGCCAACCUCAACCCAGAUUUCUCAAACCAAACACGAGCACCAAGGUCAACAUCUACACCAGAAAACACAUCUGCAGCCUUCAUCAACCAUCUCACAAAUAUCUAAAUCUGAUCCUCAUCAAACAUUUGCUCAAAGUCUUUUUCCAAAGUUCCAUCUUGAGUUGUCGACAAUCCCGCAGUAUCUGCCGUCCACACAACUUCCAACUUCUCCAGUCUCAAAGCCUCAACAAUACCAACUUCACAGUCAACCAAAUUCAACCAUGUCUACACUUCCUCAAUCAUCUCCAACACAACAUCCACUGCUCCACUCACAAUCUCCUCUACCACACACAAAAACGUUUCCGCUCCAACACAGAAAUCAGACUUCCAUCUCAACCAUCCAGCAGACCAAUGAUCCUUCAACUCUGGACCCUGAGAUUCCUGUUGUCCAUCGGGUCAACAUGUCCGGCCAGGUACAGCUAAAUACUAGCCAGUUAGGUGACCCAGUUAAAUCAGCCAAAUCAGGCAAUGACACAGAGCUUACUGAAUCGCUGAAGAGGAACACCUCCCAAUCACCUAUGACCAGCAAUGAUCCCAGAGUAACACAGCAGUCUCCAUCAUGGCUGCCCUUGCUGGAGAAACAUGACAUCCCCAUCGUGGUGGGAGUGGGUGUAUCUCUGGCCUUCAUCUUCAUCACUGUUACAUUCUAUUCAGUAGUCCAGAAGAACGAAGCUGCACCAACAAGCCGAGCAGGUCAGAGAUCCUCAGCAGCAUCAAAUGUCAGCACACCUAUUUCACAUUCUGAUCAUGCUCAGAGGAAUCUAGGUGUCCCGAUACGACACACUGAAUGUCGAGCUGCAGGACGUACAUAUGACAAUAGAGCCUUUGAAGAUGAUGACUGUGUGGCAGUGAUUGAGCAGAGCCCAAAUACAUCAGACACCCGAGCCCGGCCCCCAGGACUGAGCCUGGUCACGGUGCAGAUGGAACCCACAUUUGAUGAUCUUCAGGAGGACACACAACCUGCUCUCGACGAUCACUCAGUCACUGUAGAGACUUAUCCUGAGCCCAUUCUUGACACGAAGAUUGAUCCAGCUCUGGACGAGGAGAAGGGCAGCAGUUUGUCGCAGCCCAGCAUCCAGCUACAGUGUGCUGAGGACUGGACCAGUAACAGAGGAGACAACCGCUGCAGCCCAUGUCACAAUGCCUUGCCUCCCCCAUCAUCCUUACCCUCCUGUUCACCUUCCCCCUCUCCACCAUGCAGACGUGAGGAGGGCCUGCGCUCCUCAUUAACCCUGCAAAGUGCGGAGGCAUGUGGAGCACCCAUCCACCACAGCCUCAGCAUCUCACAUGGCAACCCUCCCUUGCUUCUUUCUCACCAUGUCUCCUUGGGCCUCACUACGGUGGCAGUAGAUGUCCAUUUUUACCCAGCAACCACUGCUUCGAUGACAGUAGGCACUAGCACUCAUAUCAAUUCAGUUUCUAAUUCCACUUCAGUGGCUGCACCUCUGUUCAGUUCCCCGUUAGUUAGCAGUCAGUCGAAUGACCAAUCGACUGCCAGAUUUCAUCAGUUUAAGUAGCAACAGAUUGAGGCAUCAGGUCUACGAUAUCCUCAUAUAACUAACUCAAGUUCAAUAUAAGUCAUCAAAAAUAUUUUAUAAUUUUACAGGAGAAAAGAGAGGGAUCUAAAAAAUAUAUUUCUACAUAUAUCUGGCAUAGCAUUUAGCACAGGGCCACAGGAUUAGAACUUCAAAAAUAUAUUUGGCUGCUCUAAAGACUAAAAUACACUGUUUACUGCGUAUUUAGAGCAGCCUGGACGUCAUUAACUUAGCUUAUCAUAGAGACUGAAGGCAGAUGGUAACGGCUGGCCUGGCACCUAACAACUCAUCUGUAUUCUUUGUUGAAUCUGUACACUAACGGAAAUGUAGAAAACUGACAAUUUGGGGUUUCAGAGGGAUUCAUAGCGUAACCAUUUCUUAAGCAAACAACAGUUUAUCUGUUCAUCUGUGCAGCAUCUUUGCUGCUCUCAACUGUUUGCCAAGAUAUCUUAUUAGAUUGCGAAACUCCUCAUAAAAGAACAACUUGUUGUUUUCUGUUUUUGUACAGAUUAAACAAAUAAGAUACAUCAUGUUACUUACUAUCACUAACUGUUUCCACCUGCCUUCAGUCUUCAUGCUAAGCUAGGCUUACUGCCUCCCGGCUCUGUACUUAACACACAGACAUAAGAAAGUGGUUUGGAAUUGUUGACUUAUUCCCAAAAUGCUGAACUAUUCCUUUUUCCUUUCCUUUUUUUGUUUGUUUUAAGUGAAACUAUGGGGCUUACACAGUCUGUAUAAACAUCCAGAUCUUUUUGUAAAUAUGCAUUUCAUAGCUUUAGCACAGCACUUUCUGUAUUACUCCCUGUGGUUACUUAUGGUUAAUUAUUAUGUUGCAGUUUGACUUUAGUACAGGUUACUUCUGAAUACAACUACUCGUCUUGCUUUUAUUUUACUUUUGAAACAUGAAAGAGAAAAUGUACAUGUGUAGUAUUCAUUUUGUAUUAUUAGUUAUAUAGGAUUUCACUCUGAUUCAUAUUGUGUUAUUGGUUAUGUUUUAAGUACAGUAAGACUUAAAUGUGUUGUACAGUAUUGACUUCUUUAGUGAAACAGCCAAGGAUACUUUGUCACAAAACACUAUUUGUUUGUUUCAGUGACCUGCUUAUUCUCUUAUAUCAAGCUACUUGACUGUUAACACCUUUUUGAAGAGGAGCUGUAACAAUAAACAUUUAGA